ACAACACACAAAAAUAAAAAUAAAAAAAUGUUUAGAGAAAAGGCAGCUAGCUAGCUAGAAAUGGAUGAGGAGAUGAUAUUGAUGAUCAUCGACAGACAUCAGAAGAAGAAGAAGAAGAAUUAGACCAAUAAUAUUAAUCCCACAAUGGAAUUAUCCUACGUCUCGCAUAAAAAAUCUAUUACCCUGCCAACCCCCACCUGGAAAAUGUACGAGAACCCAUUAUAUACUACUAAUAAUCAUAAUACCCAAGAAGAACACGAUCCACACCCACCCUUUGCUUCUUCCUCUGCUGGUAUUAUUAAUAAUAAUAAUAAUAAUAAUAAUAAUAAUAAUACAGGUACAGCUCCCAGUACCAAUCAUCAUCAUCCAGCAGCUGUACAGCCUGUACUACCCAAGAUCCACAUUCUCCAUCUCCCCAUCUCCGCCAGAAAGAUUGCAGCUUCGUUCUGGGAUCUGUCGACCUUCAUGAAGGUGCGGCCGGUGAUGGAAUCGACCCAGCUGAAGAUGGUCGAUCAAGUAGUGAAGGAGGAGGUGGAGGUUGAAAGGAGAUGGAGGAAGAAGUUGGAAUCCCAUAACAAGAAACUGGGGAGGGAGUUGUCGGAGGAGAGGAAGAGGAGGGAGGCUGUGGAGAGGGUAUGCGCACAGCUGGCGGGAGAGGUUUCAGAGGAGAUUUGCCGCUUCAAGAUGGAGAUGGAGGAGGAGAGGAAGAUGAUGAGGAUGGCCGACCUUUUCAGGGAGGAGCGCGUUCGAAUCAAGCUUGCAGAGGCCAGAUUCCUCAUGGAGGAGGAGAAGCUAAUUAUUGAUCGUGAAUUUUGGACACAAAAGAAGAAGAAGAAGAAGAAGAGAGUUGUAGGGGGGGGAUUAAUGAUGAUGAUGUUAUGAUUAUAAUGAGGGUGAAGCCAGCAGAUCGAAUUAGGGGAAUACCCACAUAUAAUUAAGCAAGCAGACCAUGGUUGAAGAAUUAGCUUCAUUUGUAGAGUUAUUAGCUGAUCGAUCGAUCGAUCGAGCAUAAAGAUAUUGGAUCAUUUCUGGAGGAGUACGUACGUAAUUAAUU